AUGGCUGCUCUGUGGGAAAACAAUGGCCAAAUGGGCCAGUUUCCUCUUGAACAAUGGUUCUACGAGAUGCCUCCGGUUACUAGGUGGUGGACUGUAGCUACCGUGGCGACAUCGGUGUUGGUGCAGUGUCACGUCGUGACGGAAUUCCAACUGUUCUACAGCUUCCGCGCCGUCUACGCCAAAUCUCAGUACUGGCGGCUUCUCACGACGUUCGUAUACUUCGGACCUCUGAAUCUCGAUCUCAUAUACCAUGUCUUCUUCCUCCAGCGGUACUCUCGCCUCCUCGAAGAAUCCUCCGGCCGCUCGCCGGCGCAAUUUGCGUGGCUGGUUACCUACGCCAUGACUUCACUCUUGAUCAUCUCGCCCUUUUUCUCCCUCCUCUUCCUCGGUACCGCCCUGUCGUCCAGUCUCGUCUAUAUCUGGGCUCGCCGGAACCCGGAGACUCGGCUGAGCUUCCUCGGGUUGCUGGUCUUCACGGCUCCUUACCUUCCGUGGGUCCUGAUGGGAUUCAGCAUGGUUGUGCGCAGGGAGAUUCCUAAGGAUGAGAUUUGUGGGAUUGUGGUUGGCCAUAUUUGGUAUUUCUUCAAUGACGUCUACCCGCCGCUGCAUGGUGGCCAUCGUCCUCUUGAUCCGCCGCUGUGGUGGCGUCGGUUGUUUGAGCCGGUGGAGGAGACGUCCCGGACUGAUGCCGGUCGGAAUUUUGCGGCCGCUGCCGCGCCGGAGGUUCGUUGA